AUGGAAGAUGGACGCAUCCCAGAUGCAAGCAUCACUGUGUCGUCAAUGUGGAGGAACUGGGCCCAUUUCGGACCCACCAGGGCUCGGCUUAACCUUGAAGCCACAAGAGGGUCCGCAGCCUGGUGUAAUUACCGUGACCCCAAUCCAUGGGUCCAAGUCGACCUCGGUAGUGUCAUCAUCACUGACGUUAUCACCCAGGGGCGCGGGGAUUACAUCUAUGGUAACUUUGACCAAUGGGUGACAGACUUCAAAGUAGCCUUCAGCGAUGAUGGCGUAGAUUGGACUGACGUCACUAAUGAUGGAUCAUGUUCACCAAUGAAGUUCCCUGGAAACUCGGACAGAAACACCCACGUGACCACCACUUUCCCGAAGGCUUUCCAGGCCAGAUUCCUGCGUAUCCUGCCUACUCGGUGUCAUGGACACUGCUGCAUGCGGUUUGAAGUCCUCGGCUGCACAAUUAAGGAGUAA